UCCUCACCUCCGCCAGGCCACCUCCAACACUGGACUGCUCAGUAGUUCCUCAGUGACCUCUGUCAUCAGAUCGCCUUUUUAGAUAUCUUUUUUUUUUUUUUUUUGCUUCAGCAGAUCUCAUGUUGUCUCUGUGAACGCUACACGAGAGUCACACCAGGGUCUCUGUUUUAUAUUGUGGUCUAUAGAGUGAUCUCUCCAUGGAUACACUGGUUCAAGGUGUGUACUUUUCCUCCUUAGCUGCAGUGAUGCUUCCCGACCCAGGGGUCCCCCUCCUGAGGGAGACUGGGCUGACUGCACCUGAUCCCCGGAAAGGAGGCUAGGAGGACAGACAAGAGGACAGCCAGCAGCAGAGCAUGAAACAACCUGACCCGACCUGUGCAGCUGAAACGUCGGACUCUGCUGAAGCUAAAAUGCUAAACGUCAGCUGUUUGGAACAUGAAGAGACGCAGCCAGCGCUGGAGCAGAGCUGCAGACUCCUCACAGCACUGUGAGAGGUGGGAGGAGAGGCUGGCUCUCAUGUAGAGGGAGGGACUCAGAGAGCAUGGAGCUUCAUUCACUCUGCUGAACACACACACACACACACACACACAUGCUCCGCAGAGCUGUUCUCAGGCUGAGAGAAACGAGGGGAGCGGAGGAGAGGACUGCACGCUCGCUCAGUGGUGACGGACAGGACAAACAGAGACACUGUGAGCGAGGCCAAAGAGGGACGCAGGGGUUCAUCUAACCCUGGAGAGCAGGGAGGAUUCAGACUUGUUCCCGUACAGAGGACACACUGAUCUGGGUGGAGGUAUCUGGGUGGGCUUAGCUCCCAGGACCAACCUCCAAGAUGUCCCGGAGGAGGUCUACAGGUGACCUGGUGCCCAGGGACAUCACUGAGAUCUUAGCCCGGGAGGCGAGGGCUCAGCGUGGGCAGAAGAAGCCGGGGAGCUCCCUGGGACAGGCCUUCAGCUGGUUGAAGGGGAGCCGGAGGAAGAAGAACCUCGGCAAUGGGAUGAACCGAACUGGUACUGGUGUGACGGAUGCCAAACUGGGACUUCAGAACCAUGACCCUGCAAAAGCCGGCCCAAAAGGGAGCGAAGAGCAGAAGAGGUUGGCCGUCCACUACAGGACCUCUCAGCACUACCAGGAGAAUGUCUUCAUCGAGGGCAGCAGGCCUCAGUACCUGGAGGACCUGCACACUGAGGCCCAGGAGGGGCUCAAGAUCCUGCAGCAGGAAGAACACACGAACGGAGUGAACUUUCGUGACGAUGAGAGCGUUGCUUCCACAGACACUCUGCGUCCAGAGCAGGAUGUCAGCUCCAAGGACAGAGGUGGCUCUCCAGAGUCGAGAUCCACCACGGGGAGUACUGAUACCACAGUAACCUCUGCUGUAUCAACUCGGCCUGUGCUCACCCGCCAAGGUUCGACGUUCAAGCCUCUGAAUCCAGUGAAAAGAUUAGAUAAGGGCAGGAAGAGGAGCAGGAGGACCACCAUCAUGGGUAUUCCCAACCAGGUCCAGAAGGAGCUCGCUCUGCACAGAAGCUCAACCUUCCAACAGCUCGUUUCUACCCAUAAUCACGACGGGAAGCUCAGCAACAGCCAAUCAGGUGUUGUUAUCAUUCCUACGGUUGAUGGAGGGACUCCAGUGGCGAAUAAGGAGGGAGCGAGGGUGCACCUUUCAGAGCUGGAGGCAUCCAGGGAUGAGCAGCUGCUGACGAAGCACCUCCAGGCGAUGUACCAAGACGAGCAGCCCUUCAUCCACCAGGGCUUUGGCACCUAUCUCGGUCCCACCUCAAACCUUAGACCAAAGUCCCUCGCAGUUCCUGGCAUGACCACUUCCUCCUCUGCUUCAGUGAUGUUUAGCUUCCUCCAGGAACCCCAGGGACCAGUUAUGUCCAUAUCUCCUCAGGCCACUUACUUGUCUACAAUCAUCCCCAAUGCUGUCUUACCAGCCUCGAUUGAAGUCAUAGAGAUCGACCGCAGCAGCAGCCGGAUGCGUGGCAGCAGUGUAAACCAUGGUGGCAGCGUCCGCACUGUGAGCAAGAGCAGCUUGGCAUCUGGGGACUUAUCAGUCAGCCCCUCAUUGCCCAGACGAUCAGAUGGUGAUGGUUCCCAGACAGGCAGUUCCCAUAAUGACGCCACACUGAUGCCCACGUCGGCUUCAGGUUCGAACUGGAGCGAGUCCCAGUCUUCAAAGACCAUUAUUUCAAACUCCUCUCCAGUGUCCUCGAAGGGGAGCACGCGCAGCGGUAACUCACAGAGAGCGGGUCUGAAUGGGAAGGAAAGCCAGACGGAGCACUCUAGCAUGGACCAAGACCUCAUCAGUGUCCGCAGCUCAGUGAGCGUGAUGAGCAGCUUCAGCAGUAAAAGGGAAAAUGUUGAGUCUGAUGUUUCAGGGUCAGUGGCUGCCGGGGACGAUGCAAAAACCAGACAGAAUUUCACUCGUAGUCUGUCAGUUAUGAAGACCAAGCAACCCCCGGCCCCUCCAAGGAGGACGAACUCUCUGCAUAGUAAUAAGAUCCAGAGCAACUCCAGGGUUCUGGUGGAUCUCAGUGACUCUGCAGAGGCGGCAAAUGCCACAGAAAAUAUUGUGGCAAAGGACGAGAUCAAAUCAGUUGUUACGGAAACCAGUAAGAUCCCCACCCCUGGAUCAAACCCCACUGGGUCCAGCUGUCCAGAUGCUUCCUCCAGUCCUUUGAGCCCCACACAGGCCUCUUCCACCGAGGCAGGAGGAGCAACACAGCCUCCAGAAUCCAGCAGCUCCUCCCCGCAGAAAACUCCCUCAGAAGGGGGUAAAUUUGAACGGACCAUGUCCCCCUCCAGUGGCUACUCCAGUCAGAGCGGCACUCCAACACUCUCCCCAAAAGGGAUCUCCCCAACCUCCCCUGAGAAACAGAAGAAACCCGUCAAACCAGAGAGAUCAGUGUCUCGCGCCUCAUCCUCAGCAGCUUCUCCUUCCUCCUCUCUUACAUCUCUAUCGUCUGGUACAUCUGAGCCCGUCAAUCCAGAGGUGUCCGCAUGUAGCUCCACUCUGCCUCCACAGGGAUCUCCAAAAGACCUCACUUCAAAUCACAGCUCUUCAAAUCUGGGACGUGAAGUCAGGGAGCUGUUGAACAUCCCACCACCUCCCAAAGUCAAAGCGCCAUGUCCUCCUCCUCCUGAGACAUGGGUGCACAACAGACGCACCUUUCAGCUUCUGUGUGGGCCGUACCCUAAUGUCAGCAGAGUGCCUCAGAAACCAGCACAGAUACAAGACAGUACUGUUAAACAAGCAGCAACCCAGACUGAAGGCAGCACAGAGAUGCAAGUUUCAGAUCAAAAACAGUCAGACAAAUCUGUCCCACAGCUGUCAGAGGUCAAAGAAAAGCCAGGGACUUUGUUAGCAGCGGGUCCCGAAGGUGUUCACAAGGAGGUGGAGAGCAGGGAGUGUCCAGGUACUGAACAGGAGAGGGUGGAAGUAAGUGCAGACGCUCAGAAACAAGAGCAGAGUAGUAGCCCUGUGGUGAUGGACCCCGAGAGUCCAAAGAAAGAGCCUCCUCCUGUCAUGAAGAAACCCACGACAGUGCUGCUCAGAGAGGAAGUGGUGUCGACAGAACACCAGGAAAAGAUGAGCGGUGAUGCCACGACAGAGAACUGCUCAACCUCCUCACAGCCGGAGGUUAUGAUUUUAGUUGAUAAGAGCGAUAAUGAGACGGACAAAAGUGAGGUCACAUCCAUGCAGAUGCUUUCUGUCGAGGUCCCCAAAGUUAGUAAAACCUCGCCACCACCUACUCCUCCCCCGGCAUACCACCCCACACCUCCUCCAUCAAGAAAGACACCUCCUUCAUCUGUGUCUAUGCCACCAGAUGAAUUACAGAGGGUACAGGAGGAGAUCCAGGUUGUGGAGUCCUGCUGGCCACCUCCUCCACCUCCUAUGGAAGGGGACUCAGUCUUUGAUGGUGGAGAUGAGGUUGACUUCCCUCCACCUCCUCCACCCCUUGUGACAGACAGCGUGCCAAAUGUUAUGGACAGUUGUAUCACAGAGCUGGACGUCUUAGAACGACCCACAGAGGAAGUUGAAGAGACAACUGAGGAGUCGAGUGAAGCUGGGACAUCUGGACAUGGACAGACACCAGAUUUGUCCCCUGCUGCUCCAGAAACUGACACCAAACCAGAGGUUGUUUUGCAACUUUCAAAAGCGAACAAUGCUGAUGAGACUUCUUGCAGGCCAGUGCAGAGUUUAUCUGAAUCAGACAGUGUCCCACCUCCAUCAGUGGAAGCACCCCCUUUGCCACCCAUUACAAGAGCAGAGAGCCCAGUAUCAGCCUCCGCUUCAGCUCCUCCCAGCAGCUUCCUGAAACGAGACUCAAUGAAAAUCGAAGAUCCCUCCGAGCCUUACGUCAAUGCCCAACCUCCAAUCACUGUCCCAGUAGCACCCCCUUUACCAGCAGAGAAUCUAACCCAUGGGGUUAAUUUCAGAAGGCAGCCCAGCGUACAAAACCGAGACGCCAGGAGCAAGGAGCUCCUCUCUCGCCACAAAAAUGCACCCAUUCCCAAAGAGGAUGCCAACAUACCUCUAGUCACCCCCUCCCUGCUUCAGAUGGUUCGUCUCAGAUCAGUCAACAUGACUGAAGAACAAGUCAAAGCUCCAUCGGAGGACAAGUCAACAAACCAGGGCGCUGCAGUUCAGGAGAACUGCCCAGUCUCAAUCCCAGGGUCUCAAAACAUUCCACAGAAACCCAUCCGCAAGUCUCUGUCACUAAAAUCUCCCCCUCAGACAGCGAAGACAUCCUCUGUGGUGCUAAACACCCCCUCCAUGCGCUUACAGGAAGCCAUACGUAUGAAAACUGCAGCCAUGUCUUCAAGAGACGGUCUUCCAUCCCGACUGGGUAUGAGGUCGUCCGCUUACAGCUCUGUCGGUGAACAAGGGGCUCUGUCCCUGAAAUCACCUGAGGCGUGUGACAUGCACAAGUCCCCGGCCUCUACCGCCAGCUUUAUCUUCUCUCGGAGCACAAAAAAGGUUGUCAUAGAGACUGCAGCUGCUUCCUCCCCCGACGCUCAGGCAACUCUGAAGCAAAGCUUGGCGGCCGAGCUCAUGCAGGUGUCAGACCAGUCAAAGGCCAACGCUUUGUCCAAUGGCGGGGUGAAGUCGGACAAAGUUCCUCCACCAGUAGCAAAGAAACCAUCGCACGGGAGCAGCAGUCCGUCACAGAAUCUUCCUGCUUGUUCAGCAAAGACAGACUUCAGUGUUGAAGGAAAUGGAGCGCCAGGAGUCCAACCUACAAGUGGAGUAACACUUCCUGAUACAACGACCAGAGUGACAGCGGACACGAUUGAAACACUGUUCUGAAACAGCGUUGGACCAGAGGACCGAGCGAGGACGGACAUUACUGAGACGUGUGACUCCACCAUCAGAGUGUUGUGUGUGUUCUCCAAAAGCCUUAGCCUGUAACGGCCUUCCUACAUGUUUAUGCAAAAAAAUAAUGUUGCUCCCAGUUUCCUAUGAUAGCUUUAUUCUGGAGUAUUUUUCUAAGCUAUAGUUUAUCUCUUAUUAAGGCCCCUCAGGAUGAAACAUUGGCUGAACUGUAAAUAUUUGGCUUGUGUGAGAUCGCCUCCCAGAGGCAGGUAGUGGUCACUGCAGCUCAGAGAGAAGGAUUUCUGUACAGGUUUACUGUCUGUUAGGUCUCUUUUCCCUGUUGUAAUAUAACACGAGUUUCACGGUGAUUGAAGCGUCGUCAGAGAAAAGCUGAUCGACGACAGGACGACUCAGCAUUUAUCACUUUCUUUGCUUAAAGAUCAGAGUAAGAACAAAUAGUCACUUAGUUUCAGUCUGUUUUUCACUGUCUGGAAUAGUGUUUAAGAAAAAGGGAUGCUGCACUCACAACAAGAGGAAGAUAUUUUGUUAACCUCAUCAUGUCAUGAUAAACCAUUCAGACUGAACGCAGUGAAGCAUCUGAGUACAGCAACUGAUGCUUCUGCACAACUUUCUCAAAGCCCAACACACUGAGAAAUCUCCUGGACAGCAGUAACACGAGCAUCCUAUUUAUUUAUGUGUGGUUGUUUCCACUUGUAGCACUGUCAGUCACCUUUUCCUACCAAAUAUGAAAUAUUUAAGACUCUGUUUCAUCUGAUGAACCACUCUGAGGGCCGUGCACGUGACCGGCCCUGGAUGAUUGAUACACUGGAGCAGACUUUGUGUGGGGUCGGUGUUUUUUAUUAACAAUUCUGUAUCAAAAACUUUGGCCCGACGCCUUUUUUUUGGUGGAAAAUCCAGCUCAUCACUAUUUGCACAAAAUGCUUUCCCCCAGCAAAAAUCAUUGGUGAGUGAAUUAUUAUUCUGACUCUUAGUAAUGAGUCAAAAAUCGACGUCUCUGUGAUUUAAAGAAUUCUGUACAGUUAUUACUUCUAUAAAUAAAAUUUAAGUGUAUUAAAAAUGCAGUUCUGUGUUUUCUUUUUUAAAUAUGUGGUGCAGAUGCCUGAAUAUUUACCAACACAGUCUCAUUUAACACACACACUUCAUUUUAUUAUGUACACCUGUUCAACAGCCAAUCAAGUGGCAGCAACUCAGUGCAUUCAGCAUGCAGACAUGGUGAAAAUGACCUGCUGAAGUUCAAAUGAAGAAUCAGAAUGAUUAGGAAAGGUGAUUUAAGUGACUUUGAAUGUGGCAUGGUUGCUGGUGCCAAAUCAAAUAUUACGAAAAAAAGUCAUAGUAUAGCAUGUCGUCCAAAAUCAUGAAAAAACGUCA